GGCUCUUUUUAAACUUCCAGGUAUGAAACUCUGAUGCUUGAAUUUGGGGAAGUUUACCAUCCUCCCAAAUUAGCCAGCCAUAGAGACCUCAGCUACAGCCUCAGUUGGGCUGGUUAGGGCUAGGUUCUUUCAUCCAAAUCUUUCAAAAUAGGGAAAAUGUGGGAAAUCUGGGCCACUCAUUUUCCGAGCUCAUUUUCCCCUCUCACAGAUGAGCCAUGGCUCUGUGCUGGAAGAGGGGUUUCUGUCAUGAUGAAGGCAUUUCUGAGAGCUAAUUUACUUGUUCAACUGGGCACGCUGGCACUGGGAUCCUGCAUGCAAAAAGACGCAGCAAAUUGAUUGCGAGUGGCUUGCUUGAAAGAAGCGGGAGGUGUGGUAAGCGGAUGUCUUCAUGGCAAUCUGGCAGAUUAAGUGGAGGAGUUCCUAUGUUUUCCUGUGUUUUUGCUUACUGUGGGGUCUCUGGACUAUUUUAAUAACUGAUCAAAAAAGAAGGGAGAGCAUGAGCAGACAGCUGUAACUGCAGAAGACCAGCCAGCCAGGAUGUUUGCAAGCAUAAAGGUUUGCAAGUUGCAGUACUGCCAAAAUUCCCUGAAGAAGAAUUUACUGGGAUGAUUGGUUCCCGAGAGAUAACUAGGUGAUCUUUAAGAGCGGCUCUGGGGAGCAAAUGCAAAAUGAGCAGCGGAGGACAGUGCAGAAGACGCAGAGGGCUCUCGGUCUGAGCCACGAGGAUUUGAAGAUGUCUGCGUGCAGUGACUUUGUGGAACACAUUUGGAAGCCUGGCUCCUGCAAAAACUGCUUCAACCCAAAGAGUUCCCAUCGGCUGCAAACACCCUCAGACGUGGGAGCACGUGGCGUGCUCCCGAAUGGAGUUAGGACCAAGCCUGAGAGCCCCGUGUUGGAAGACGAAAGUGUAAAUACCUCCCCCUUCUCGAAGCCAACAAUUGCUGUGAAGCCAACUAUGAUAAACUCGGAUGUUUCUGACGCGUGGGCGGAUGUGAAUAUGAAUGCAGAUCUGUCACAGGUCAGCUGGGGCAUGGUUUCUGGCAAACAACUCUUUCUGAAAUCAGGAGAAGCGCAGCGGAUCUGCCUCGACAAUUUUGGCAAUGGUGGUGUGAGAAAGCCCUUCCUUCACAACCCACCCAGUGACUGCGUGUCUUGCUGUCCUCCUAGCUACUCCAUGGUGGGCCUGCGCAGCCUGGAGAGUCGAGUGGAGAGAAAUGUCUCCAUCCACAGCCUGGUGCUUGUGGGUGAGGUGGGCAAGCAGGAGGACAGAGCCAAAGACAAGUUUUCCCUGCCGCAUCGGGCCCCCUGCCCUAAUCUGUCCACCUUGGGGGACAGAAGCACCACGAACUCCAGCAGAAACCCUUCUUCCCGAGCCAGAGAAGGAGCAGCGCUCCCCUCGGAGGCUGACUGCGGUCACCUCUCCUCUGGCUUUGAAAGCGAAGGGGGCGAGUACUGUUCAAUCACGGACUGCUGCAGGGAGCGCCCCAUCUCCUGGGAGCCGCGUUGUGUGGAGGGGAAGGGUGCCCGGUGCGAGAAGGAGAGCCCUGCCCCCUGCGGAUGGAGGCAAAGGGAUGCUCCCGAGAUUCCCAGGCCAAGUGGCAGGGCGGUCAAGUUCGGCGAAGAGGAGCGCAAAGCGGUGAACGUGGCCUUCUGCAUCACAAAAGACCAGGGCGAUCCUCUCCCCUAUGCCCUGUGUUCAGAGAGGAAAAAGCUGGCUCUCCACGCUGAGCCUGCUGCCCUCCCUGAGAGCACAGGGAGCAGCAAGGCGGCUGCCUUUGCUUUGUCCCGGGAGGACGAGGACUCGCUUCUCCCUGGAGAGCCCUCUGCCACCGGAGGCUCCCGGCCUGAGGGUUCGAGCACCCCUCAGCAGGCUCUGGUGGAGCCGCAGCGCCCUCGCCUCACCGAGCCAGCCCACGGUGAUCCCAUCUACGCCGAGAGCACCAAGAGGAAGAAGGCGCAGCUGAAGGCUGUCGGUGGACAGGCAAAAGCGGAGAAGCUGGCCCGCAGCACUGGCAAGGAGCAAGCUGAUGGGACGUGGAGGGAUGGUGGCUGGGCGUUGGGUGGUGAGAAGGAAUACCAGGACUCCACCAGCCAGGUGGCAGCAAAGAUAACUAUAAUGACGGCACACACUGAGGAUGAUCACAAGACAAUAUUCCUCAGCAGCCCUGAUUCGGCAGUAGGAGUUCAGUGGCCAUGUAUCAGCCCCACUUCCCAUCCCGAUUUUGGGACUUCAUCACCUGCCAUUGAGCCUGGAGAGAUUUUUCAAGCAUCUGGAAGUGAGAACAGCCCAAGAUUUCAUCUGGCAGCUCCUGCCAAGACCUCAGUUACUGAAAGUCCAGCCAUUCCCCCAAAGAUGUCCAAAAACAGCCAGCCAGGCAGUGAGGGGAACCGUGUGCCUCCGGUCAGCUCCCACGUGGCAAGGUUUGGUGAUGACAACAGCCAUGACGGAGCUGGUGUUCAGCUGCUGCCGAGGAGCUAUACUGAUACAGGUGCCUUUGGGGCAUCCCCUUCUCCAUGCACUCAGGUCAACGGGGUCUCUGUGGAGGAGUCGAGCAGAGGCCUGGCAGGCUCAUCCUAUGACAGGAGGCAGAAAUACUAUAUCCCAACAUGGACCAAGCAGUGCCGGAUAGAGGAGGAGGAGGAGCAGGAGGAGGAGAAGGAGCUCUUAACCCACCCGUGGGCAGUGGGAGCUGAGAAUGGAAGAGCUGGUGCUGACCUUGUGGAUGACGGCCCAAUGCUGGAGAGUCAGACUGGGAUCAGCAAAUCGUCGUCUUUCUCCUUUGAGUUCCCUAAAGACAAGAGUAAUGGCGUGGAGUUUGCACCACCGCCACCGCCGCCGAAAAAGCAGUCCAGGCACACUCUGAAAAUGAACCCGAGUAACGCUGAGUUAGAGAGGGUCAGCAACAGCUCUGCCGAGAGCCUCAGCCCACCUUUCAGGAGCGUCCACGUCAGCUUCACCGCUGGCUCCACUGACAGCCUCGACUCGGACACACAAACUGGCAGUGAUGGCAGGCGCUCAUCUGAGCCAAACCACUCGCCCCCUCCAGCUGAGAGCCAAGUGUUUCCCCCUGUCCCUUUCCUUCCUGCCUCCAGUGAGGAUGGUUCCUCCUCUGCCCCCAGCUGCCCGCCCCCUCUGCCCCAGAAGAAGACAGUAAGCAGAACAGUGUCCUCCCCAGAUGGCUUUUUUGGGGGACAGGCAUCUUCAGGCAGAGCAGCCGGUGCUGCCAGCCCCAGGCUGAAUGUCAGCCACUCCGAGAGCAACGUCUGCCUCCGAGAGGAGCCUCCCUUCAUCCACCCAGCCAGCCUGGGGGGCCGCCCUGGCGCCUUCUCCUCCUCCGAGUCCCUGGAGAAAGGCUCCAAAGGAAACAGCUACUGGGGUUCAGCCACUGGUAAGAGCACAGGGGCUUGCAUCCCCAGCAGAAACCUCCAGUCGCUUUCCUCCUCGCAGCUCAGUGUGUCCAGCCAGGUGUCAUCGGGCUCCAGCCUCCAGCUUCACAAUCUCCUGAGCAACAUCGACAGCAAGGAGGGGGUGUACGCCAAGCUGGGGGCCCUCUACGCCGAGUCCUUGCGCCGCCUGGUUGCCAAGUGUGAGGACUGCUUCAUGCGGGAGCAGAAGAAUGAGCUGCACUUCAGUGAGAACAACUGGUCGCUCUUCAAGCUGGCGUGCAACAAGCCCUGUUGCGAUUCGGGGGAUGCAAUAUAUUACUGUGCCACCUGCUCCAAGGACCCUUCUACCACCUAUGCUGUGAAGAUUUGUAAAACCCAGGAGUCCAAGGUGGCUGCUUCAUACUGCAGCCCUGCAGUGCCAGUCCACUUCAACAUCCAGCAGGACUGUGGGCAUUUUGUGGCCUCUGUCCCCUCCAGCAUGCUGCUGGCCUCAGAUGUGGGGAAAAGCAUGCCUGGGGAUGGCCUCCAUCCCUCCCGCACUGCCAGUGAGCACGACUGUGUGGUGGUCAUUACCCGGGAGGUGCCAAGCCAGACCACUGCUGACUUCGUGAGGGACUCGGUGAUGUUGCACCAAGCCAAGCCCGAGCUGUACGAACGUCGCGUUUGCUUCUUGCUCCUCCAGCUCUGCAAUGGCCUGGAGCAUCUCAAAGAGCACGGCAUCAUCCAUCGUGACCUGUGCCUGGAGAACCUCCUGCUUGUCCCCUGCAAGCCCCCCAUGAGCUGUGUGAAAGCCAAAGAUGACAAACACUUACCCCGCCUCAUCAUCAGCAAUUUUUUGAAAGCCAAACAGAAGCCAGGAAGCGGAGACUCCAAACUGAAGAAGAGUCAGGCCCGGCUGGCCCCGGAGAUUGUGUCGGCUUCUCAGUACAAGAAGUUUGAUGAGUUUCAGACUGGUAUUCUCAUCUACGAGCUGCUGCACCAGCCCAACCCCUUUGAGGAGAAGGUGCACCUCAGGGAGCAGGAGUACAGCCCUGAGGACCUCCCUGCUCUGCCCUGCCUGUCCAUCUACUCCCGCGGGCUCCAGCAGCUGGCCCACCUGCUACUGGAAGCGGAUCCCAUCAAGCGUGUGCGGAUCACCGAGGCCAAGCGGAUGCUGCAGUGUCUGCUUUGGGGGCCCCGGAAAGACCUCACUGAGCAGCCCCUCAGCCAUGAGGAAGCCCUCUGCCAGGUGCUUCAGAAUUGGGUGGACAUGAAGCGUGCCCUGCUCAUGAUGAAGUUUGCAGAGAGGGCUGUGGACAUGGAGCGGAGCAUUGAACUGGAAGACUGGCUGUGCUGCCAGUACUUAGCAUCUGCUGAGCCGGCCUCCCUUUCACACACAUUAAAACUGCUGCAGCUGCUCUGACCUUGGAUGUGUCUUGGAGGCAGCAGAGGGCUCCCGGUUGCCUUGCAGCUAAAGGUGGCAGGAGCCUUCUGGCUUGGGAACCACUGUCCUGUGGACCAUCCCGGACACGUCACCCUGGAAAGUCUGGUCCUGGCUUGCUGCAUGUGGUCUCACAUGGGCCAGCAGAGUGAUGAAACAGCUGGAGAACCUGCCUGAAGGAGCCCAGCAUGUUUUUCAGAGAUAAGAUGAAGAGAUGACUCAGUUUCUAAGCAUGGAUAUAGGGAAUAAGUUGGAGGCAGCUCUGCAGGACAGCACUGAAGGAGACAGGGCCUAGCCCUGACAAAUGCAAGCUGUGCUGGCAACGGGGAGAUUAUAUGUGUGGCAAGUGGCUUGCAAGGCUUGGGAUGGGUACUCAGUGGGACUCAAGAAGAAGCCAAACAUCCAAACAACCCGCAUAAAACAAGGCUAGAUUGAUUUUGCGUGCUGAGUUUCAGUUUAGUGACAAACACUGAUACAGGUAUUGACACAGGGCCUGCACGGUGUGGGAUGUUAACGUGAUCAAAAUUUUUUUCCCUUGAGUUUGGGCACUUAAGACUGGUUCUGGUGUUGGUCCUGGUACCCUGCAGCAGCAUGCCCAGCAGACCAGAGGCCAACAAUAGUCUUGCAGCAUUUUCAGCUAUAUUAUUUUGAUAUUCGGUGGGUGGCUUCUUGCUCUCAUAUAAACAGAAACUUUUAGCUCCAUGCUUUCCUGAUACCUUCCCCUAUGGUAGCUCAUGCUUCUUCCACAGCCUAAACAGGCUUUUGGGUCCUAGGCCAGUGCGUGAACUGGAGAAGUGCAUUAGGAUUUCUGCUGUGUAUCUUUGUGGGGAAAGGGACACCUAAGCCUCAGUUGAAUGCCACAGCUGAGUCCUAGGACUUUGCUGGCUUACUCUCCCUUGCUUAUGCUGUCCUCAGCACACCAUGGGCAGUAGCCCCCCUUUUCCCAGCAGCAUUCUUGCCCCCGUGCCCAGGAUCCUCUGCAAGAAUGGUGGAGGGGAUGGACCAUCCCUCUUCCCGGUGUGGCAGGGGACAUAGCUGACCCAGCACCCCAGGGGCCAAGCAUGUCACCCACUUGUGGGGGGCAGGUAUUGCAGGAGACGCCUAAUUGGGAGCACGGUUUGGGGUCUGCAUGCCACAGAGACAGUGCUGAGGAGCAAUUGCUGGAGGACUACCACAUAGGAGUACCACCUAUGCAUCUCGGUAGUACCGCUGGGUGGGGAAAGGGGUGUUUCUUGUCUUGUGCUGCCCCCAGACAGAUGGCCAGCCCCUUUCCCUGUGCCCAGGCCCCCACUGGUCUGGUGACCUCACCUCCCUGCUUCAGAGCAGCCCUCAAAGCUGGGGGAUAUCCCAGAAGUAA